AACUGAACAUGCUUCGCAAUGUGUUACACUCGUAUUUAGUUGUUUAUUCGUUUUUAUAGUAUUAAAUCGCUUAGGUAAUAUACUUUAAACUCAUAGGUCACAUAUAUCUGACGGCCACUGUGACCUUUUAAUAGGAAUUAUCGAUUAUAAUUUCUAGUGCUCUGAUAUCGCGAAAAUUGAGUUCCGAUCGUCUGGGUUUACACAGAUUUUUGAUAUCGAUUCAUAUUCGUGCUCUGAAGAAGCUCGUCGUGCCGGUGUGUGAUUAAUUCUUACGUCGAAUUCAGCUGAACUUAUAUUCCUCCAGUUGAAAUGGCUGCUCCGAAAAAAGUCUGUAUUGUUGGCUCCGGAAAUUGGGGCUCAGCCAUCGCUAAACUUGUCGGUUAUAAUGCCGCUCGACUUGAUACAUUCGAUGAUACGGUUACGAUGUACGUUUACGAAGAAAAUAUCGACGGACGGAAAUUAACUGAAAUUAUCAACACCGAACACGAAAAUGUUAAAUAUUUACCCGGACAUAAAUUACCAGUCAAUGUCCUUGCUGUGCCUGAUUUAUUAGAAGCGGCGAAAGACGCAGAUAUUUUAAUAUUCGUCGUUCCUCAUCAAUUCAUUAAAGGCCAAUGUGAAACUUUACGCGGUAAAAUAAAAUCUACCGCCGUAGGAUUAUCGUUAAUUAAAGGUUUUGACAGAGCCGAAGGUGGUGGAAUCGACUUAAUUUCUCAUAUUAUCAAUAGGAUAUUAGGUAUCGAAGUUAAUGUUCUUAUGGGAGCUAAUUUAGCUCACGAAGUAGCCGAAGAAAAAUUCUGUGAAACUACUAUCGGUUGUAAAGAUAAAGUAAUGGCUCCCAUCUUGAAAGACUUAAUUGAAACCGAUAAUUUCAAAGUUUCGGUUGUCAGCGAUGUUGAUACCGUUGAAGUUUGCGGUGCAUUAAAAAAUAUCGUAGCUUGCGGCGCAGGUUUUGCUGACGGAAUGGGUCUUGGUGAUAACACAAAAUCAGCUAUUAUACGUCUAGGGUUAAUGGAGAUGAUCAAAUUUGCCGAAACAUUUUAUAAUUCUAAAGAACUUUCAACUUUCAAUGAAUCCUGCGGCGUGGCUGAUUUAAUCACUACAUGUUACGGAGGUCGUAAUCGUAAAGUUUCUGAGGCUUUCGUCAAAUCUGGCAAAUCGAUAGAAGAAUUAGAAAAAGAAAUGCUGAACGGUCAAAAAUUACAAGGACCAAUUACUGCUGAAGAAGUGAAUUAUAUGCUCAAAAAUAAGAACAUGGAAAAUGAGUUUCCAUUGUUUACGGCUGUUUAUAAAAUAUGCACUGGUCAAAUGCCGCCUCAUACUUUAAUCGACCAAAUUAGGAAUCAUCCUGAACACAAAGUAAAACAUUAAGAUUGAAAGCUUUACGGACUACAAUGACAGUUUUAGUGAAAAUUAUAUAACAGAAAAACGCCAUCAGAGGAGAUGGUAGGUUACCACUCAGUAAACCAGUGCCAUCUUUAGUAUUGUCUAUUCUUCUUCAUAAGUUGAUUUAUUAAAUUUUAAAUUUACCGCUACCCAAGAUUGUCAUGCUUUGUGCCAUUUGAAUCGACAGUACAGAAUUUAGAUGAAUGAUUAAUGAUUCUAUAUCUGUGAUAAAAUGUGCAUGAUUGUUAUUAUAAUUGUAUGGGACUACUUUUUAAAUUCUUUCCAAUUGAAAUGUUACCACUUAGGCGUGUUUUCGUUUGAAUUCUUCGAUGUGAUACGCUUAAAAUUUAAAAAAUAUACUGAAAUUUUGCAAUAGGUUCAUAGAAAUUCAAAAAUCCCGUUUAACGGUGUUGUAAUUUAAUACAAGUACGUUGCGUUACCAGAAAUUUUUUCUUUUGAAAAAAGUGUUCCGAUGUAGAUUUAGUGAUGUAAUAUUCUUUAGUCUUCGUAAUAAUUUAUUCAAUCAGAAUGCAUAUCUAUUUUGUGUAAAUGGAUCUCGUAGUAUGAUAUGCAAAAAUUACUUGUAAGUGAUAAACACUGUUUUUCAUUUUAUUGCACCAAUUCGUUUUUAAGGAUAUUUUAUGAAUAAUUAUGAAGUGUACUUUGUUGUAUCUUUCGUAUAACGUUGCACGUUUCUUUAAAUAGUGAUUUUUGAUUUAUACUGUAUGGAAAUUCGCUUAUGUUUAAGAAGUUAAGUUGCACCUGUGUUGAAAUAUUUGCAAAUGAAUAUAAAUUUUCAAUGAUGUU